CUUUCAUAAUGCAGCAUGGGGCAGAGAACGUAACAAAAUGAAGGCUUCGUAGCGGAAUACAGUCUUAACACCAAAACACCCCAGUCGAUUCGCGAUCAUUCACGGAUGGUGACGCAUAAUGCCGAUAGUGGACAAGCUCAAAGAGGCCCUGAAGCCGGGCCGCAAGGACUCCGGCGAUGAGGGCGACCUGAACAAGCUGCUAGCUUCAUCCGCCAAGAAGGUGUUGCUGCAGAAGAUCGAGUUUGAGCCGGCCAGCAAAGGCUUCAGCUAUCAGCUGGAGACCCUCAAAACCAAAUAUGUGAUCCUGAACCCUAAGAAUGAUGCGGCCACAUCGCAGAGACCUACUGAACCUGCUCAGAUUAAGAGGCAAAUCUCAGAGUCUCUGAGUGUCGGGCAGAGUGAUGGGAUCCCCGCUCCGCAGAAGAUGCUCUUUCCAGGGAACAAGCUGUCCAUGAAGUGGGAACGGGUGUAUCGGGUUGGAGCAGGCCUCCACAACCUGGGCAAUACCUGCUUCCUCAACUCCACUGUGCAGUGUCUGACUUACACCCCACCGCUGGCCAACUACCUGCUUUCCAAGGAGCACAGCCGAUCCUGUCACCAGUCUGGAUUCUGCAUGAUUUGCGUGAUGCAGAACCAUAUCAUUCAAGCCUUUGCCAACACGGCCAAUGCCAUCAAACCUGUAUCUUUCAUCCGAGAUCUGAAAAAGAUCGCUCGGCAUUUUCGGUUUGGCAGUCAAGAGGACGCCCAUGAGUUUCUGCGUUACACCAUUGACGCCAUGCAGAAAGCUUGUUUGAAUGGUUAUCCCAAGCUGGACAGGCAGACGCAGGCCACCACACUGGUCCACCAGAUAUUUGGGGGAUAUUUGAGGUCAAGAGUGAAAUGCUCCAUUUGUAAAAGCGUGUCCGAUACCUAUGACCCUUACCUGGACAUCGCUCUGGAGAUUCGGCAAGCGGCCAACAUCGUUCGUGCCCUGGAGCUGUUCGUCAAGCCUGAUGUUUUGAGCGGAGAGAACGCCUAUAUGUGUGCCAAAUGUAAGAAGAAAGUUCCAGCAACCAAGCUUACAGUUCACAGAACUUCAAAUGUGCUUACGCUGUCGCUGAAAAGGUUUGCCAACUUCAGUGGAGGGAAAAUUACCAAGGAUGUCGGCUACCCAGAGUUCUUGAACAUUCGUCCGUACAUGUCACAGAGCAGUGGCGAUCCGGUGAUGUACGGCCUGUACGCGGUCCUCGUGCAUUCGGGGUACAGCUGCCAUGCUGGGCAUUACUACUGCUACGUCAAGGCCAGUAAUGGACAGUGGUAUCAGAUGAACGACUCCAUGGUUCAUUCCAGUAACAUCAAGGUUGUGCUUAAUCAGCAGGCCUAUGUGCUCUUCUACUUGAGGAUCCCUGAAAAGAAAAACACUGAUGCUUCAAAUGCAAAGCAGAACAUGGUGCAUUCUGGGAGAACUAACAUGACAUCGGAGCAGCUGAAGAAAAGCACUCUUAAUGGACCUUUGUCUUCACCACAGGUCACAAAGAAGCUGGAUCCGGCUCAGCUGAGAAAGAUCCAGUCAGUGGAUGGAGGUCUUGGUGUUCCUGUUGCCAGGAACUAUUCGGGACUCCAGUCACCGAAGCUUUCUAACGGGACGAGCAACUCUCAUGCCCUGCUCAAGCCAGCCAGUGGACCCUCGCUUAUAGAGGAACCUUUGAAGAAGGUGAAGAAACCCACAGCUCAGCCUCAGUCCCGCAGCAGCACUCCUGCUCCAUCCAGCGGCCUCCACAAAACCAACAGCAAACAACUGCCAUCAUCUACCUCACUCAAAUCUCUGUCCGACUCCUCCUCAGCAGACACCUCCUCCUCCUCCGAGUCCAGAGAGUCUGUUGGUACAAGGAGUGCUCCUGCUGGAGAUCCGUCAAGUGUGAACAGUCCAGCAUCUCCAGCCAAGAGCACAGAGGAGCAGAAGAAACUCAAACCGCAGGCCCUCACCAAUGUCACAUCAGAGCCUAUCAGCACCAUGUCGCCGCCGCCUGCCAAACGGCUUGCCCUGUCAGCCAAGAAGGCCAGUGUCCGGCAGAGCCUGAGCAGCAGCACUGAGGCUCGGCCCCCUUCAUCUCUUCAUCUGUCCAGUGACCCCACACACUUUCUCAGCCCAGCCUCGCUCCACCCGCACCACAGAUUUUCACCUCAUUCGCUCAGCCUUCAGUCUCCACCUUCAGCUCACCUUUCUAAAGAUUUGAGUCCCCUAAAACGGCCCUCCUCCACUGUGGAGCCACUCGCUCCUACUCUCUCUCUGCAGACCAAUGGCCAUCAGCCACACAGUUCACCCGGACCAAUUCAGAGCCAGAACUUGUCGGCCUCAACCACACCACUUCUUGCCAGUCCUGUAGUAAAAAACAAGAAAAAGAAGCUAAAAAGAUCACAUUCAGAAGUGGAGCAGGGUGACCUUACAGCCUCAGCCCCCGAAGAACCAAAGUCAAGAGCUGAAAACCAGAAGAAGAAAAAGAAAAAGAAGAAACGGAAAAGGGAAGCAGAGGCAGAUGAUGUUGAGGGACAGAGAGAGAGUGUGCAGUCCCAUCUUGAGCCCCAUCAAGAUGAGGACUGGUGCCUUGGAGAAACAUGGAGCAUCAGCACUGCUGCCAAAGGAAAUGGGUUUAAGCUUUCUGAAGCGGAGGAGAUUCAGCAGACAAAACCUCAGCCUGUGCUUGAGAAACACCCCAACCUGAAGAAGAAAAAGAAAAAGAAGUACAAACUCGCUGAGCAACUGGAGGAGCACAGGAAUGGAGCCACAUCAUCAAAGUGCUCUGUUGUAAAAGAGGUUGGUGAUGCUAAUGAGAAGACAGAGGAACUACGAAAGACCAAGAAGAAAAAGAAAAAGAGAAAACAGAAAGAUUUCCAAGAAGAGAAUGAAAGGCAGAGCAAUGGAGGAAAUCUUCACAUAGAUCUUCAAGAGACGAAUGGAGUUGAGUCCAGUGAGAUGAGCAAUACGGACAAGAGGAAACCUGAUAAAUCGAAAGCAGCUCCAGUGAUUGUUUGGGACAGUCAGGUUCAGGAUGGAUUCAAGAGCAGCCAGAAUCAUGAAGAAGCAGAGGUUGUGUCUGGGAAAAACUCCUGCGCUGCUCCUGUUUGCUGGGACGGCAAGAAAAGCUGUGAUGUGGUUCAGGAGCUCCUCAAGAACUCCUCUGAUAAAGCCUAUGGAACUGAGGUUCUCAGUUGGGAAGGCGAUCCGUCGCUCAUCAGCAGAGAUGCCAUUCAGGAUUCACGCUACGCUAAAAACCUGACUGUCAUUGAUGAGUGGGAUAGUGAGUUCGACAGCGGAAAGGUGAAGAAAAUUAAAAAAUACCGAAAGGACAGGAGGUGGAACGGAAACGUCUUCCAGAAGAUCCAGGAGCAUCGUAACAUGUGGUCUGUGACGGGAGGCAGACGGAGCUGUCUGGGCUAUCGACACUCAACGUUUUGAGAUGCGGGUCCCAAGCGCGUGCCGUGACCAGACCAGUUGCCUCAUUGGAUCAGAAGCAGUCAGAUCUGUCUCGAAUUCUCCCGAAGAACACAAGUUACCCAGAAUACAGCAGUACUGUGAAAUAAAGCGAUGAGGCUGAGGCUCUCUCUCUUCAGGCCGUCUGAAAUCCACAAUAUAUUCCACUAAUGGUGCCCUUAUGAGGGUCAUAGUAAAUGUGAGUUGUUAUGAGCCCGUUAAUCUUUCAUGAGCUUAUGGAAACAAUUGUUUAACCGGGCUGGUUUUAAAGGACUGUUCGAGCUGAAAUGGCCAAUGAUCCAGACCACCAGUUUCUCAUCGAGAUGAGAAACCUUACACUUGUAAACAUGAGAAACCGAAUCUGCCACCUGCUAAUGUUUUAAAGCAUAAUUCACAUGUAAUCUCCCUGUAUACAGUCAUUUAGCUUCGUCAUAUUGAAGCCAGUUCUCUAUAUUAUAAGACAAGCCCUGGCGUUCUGCAUUACAAUACAUCAAGGCCAUACUACUUCCCCUCAUCAAAUCCACACUCGCAGUGAUCAUCAUUUCUAAAGUGACUCUCUUGUGACCAUUUCCAAUCUGAAAACGUGUCUUUUAUGCACAAAAGCGCUGCAUACGACGACAAUGCAAUACAUUUCAUCCACGUGAGACAAAUAAACACGGGCCUUAACACAAACCACUGUGUUUUUGCCAGGAGGGCUGAAACAGCUAAUAAUUAGACUCUGGAUCUGCUCGUUUGAGUUAGCGUUUGCCCCAUCCUGCAUCUCUUUUUCUACUCUCUAUGCAACUCCAGUCAAUCCUGCGGACGGUCAGUCCUGGGAGAAACUCUUCGAACGCUGGUCCAAACAUCCUCCGCGUGAGCUGUAAAACACCCCGUCGUCCGUGUCUGUUCACCGUGCUUUUCUACAUCGGGUCACCAAUAUGAUGUACAUGCUAAUAAUCCACCGCAGGAGUAAAGCAAUGUUGUUCCGUUUAGGACAUUGUACAGUCGACCUUGUGCUCUCUGUGAUUCCCUCCUGUCAUGAAUUUGUUUUGGUUUUUAGAGAAGUCGCCUUGGUUUCGUUUUUAAAGAAAGGAAUAGAACAUAUUGCAAAUUCUACUUAUUAAAUGCACAUUGCUAAAGUGAAGCCUAAUGUAUUUAAGGUUUGUGGAAAACAUGUAAAUGAGGAAUUUUAUUAACCAGUAGGUGUGCGCGCGCGUGUUGAAUGUCCGCUUUGAGGUCUUGUUCAGGACCGGACGCACACGCGCAGGACUUCCCCCAUGCGUUCUGUAGGAUGUCUGUUUUCUCUUAGAGACUCACUGGAGAUACUGUAGGUUAUUUUCAGAGACUGGAUGCUGACGAACACAAGCGUGUCUUUUGUCAUGUUUGAGUCGAUGGUUCUGUACCUAAUGCCUUUUCUGAAGAGAAGUCAUUCAGUAUUGCAAAUACUUAAAUAUAGAUAUACUGGUGCAAUAAAGUUGUGACUUUUUGUGAAAA